AUGAAGAAUCAGGAUUCUCUAUUACGCGAAAUUUGGGUACAUCCUAUAACUGAGUUCUUGAAAUCUCAAUGGUUUUUCUUCUGUCUCGCUAUUUUCAUCGUUAUUGCAAGGUUUGCUCCAAAUUUUGCAAGGGACGGAGGGCUAAUAAGAGGACAGUAUAGUAUUGGAUACGGCUGCGUUGCAUGGAUUUUCCUCCAGAGUGGGCUGGGAAUGAAGUCUAGGUCAUUGAUGGCCAAUAUGCUAAAUUGGAGAGCUCAUACCACCAUCCUGGUGUUGAGUUUCUUGAUAACAUCGUCCAUAGUAUACGGGUUUUGCUGUGCUGUAAAGGCUGCCGAUAACCCUAAGAUAGAUGACUGGGUACUUAUCGGUCUGAUUUUAACAGCCACUUGUCCAACGACUGUGGCAUCGAACGUCAUUAUGACCACGAAUGCGGGAGGAAAUGACCUUUUGUGCGUUUGUGAAGUGUUUAUUGGAAAUUUGUUAGGAGCAUUUAUCACGCCUGCACUAGUGCAAAUGUUCACUAACCGGGCACCAUUUCAAUACGGUAAUCCCGCUACCGGAAAUGGUAUUGGUGCACUUUAUGGCCGUGUUAUGAAGCAGGUUGGCCUCUCGGUCUUCGUACCAUUAUUUGUUGGGCAGGCUAUACAAAAUUGUUUCCCCAAGUACACUGCUUCGUAUCUGGAUUUUCUAAAAAAAUAUCACAUUAAAAUUGGGUCUUACAUGCUUUUAUUGAUCAUGUUUAGUUCAUUUUCAACAGCCUUUUACCAGGACGCCUUUACAAGUGUCUCCCAUGUUUGUAUCAUAUUUAUCUGCUUCUUUAAUUUGGGAAUUUAUAUCUUCUUUACGGGCUUGUCGUACCUGUGCGCAAGACCCUGGUUUAUCAUCAAAAUUUUCCCUCAAGAACCGGUUGAAGGCAAAUCUACAAGGCUGUAUCGCUAUUCCUAUAGCCUUUUCAGGCCAUUUUAUUACUCUAAGAAAGAUGCGAUUUGCAUUAUGUUUUGCGGUCCUGCUAAAACUGCCGCGCUAGGUGUAUCAUUGAUUACUUCGCAAUACGGUGAUAAAAAGGAGCAUCUGGGUAAAUUGUUGGUUCCUUUAGUUUUAUAUCAAGUUGAGCAAGUGAUGACGGCAAAUUUCUUUGUGAGCUUAUUCAAAAGGUGGAUACAAAAGGACGACGAACCAGAUGGAAGUGAAUCGUCCUAUACAAAUGAAAACGAAGAGAUUGAUGUGGAAAAGAAUGUUUCAAUUAACACCGGUGAGAAUCAAGCUGUUUCUUCCAACAUAAUGCCAUUCGCAAACCCCAAGUAA